AUGUUUUCGGCUAUACCCUCAUCAUCCACGCUGCACCCACUUGGGCAAACAUCAACAUCAACAACCGCUGGGGAAUUAAUACGUGAAGGAAAAGCUGUUGGAGCCGCAUUUUAUUGCGCAUUUCCUACACGCCUACACUACUUUAGCAAGAUCAUUCCAGAUUGCAUGUGUUUUAGUUGUAUCUUAUGCACUCAUUUUGGACUUAGUCUUUGUCGUUCGAGUGGAGUUGAUUGGAGAAGAAUGUUGAGAACGUGCUCUCGUCGCCUACCAGCUUAUUAUUUGCCUCGAUCGAAUCGAGUGCGAUGGAAUAGUAAAGGUGUAGGGGAAGGUGUUCCUUAUAAAACGCUCAAAGAGCAAGUAGGUGAACAAGCGAUCAAGGUACCUGCAUCGGCGGAUGUCGUGGUAGUUGGUGGUGGCUCAUUAGGUGCCAAUACCAUCUAUCAUUUGGCCAAGAUGGGCGCAACUAAUGUUGUUCUUCUUGAAAAAGAUCAAUUAACGGCUGGUACAACCUGGCAUACUGCUGGUUUAGUUUGGCGUCUACGCCCAAGCGAUCAAGAAAUUGAUAUUUUGAAUUAUACCAGACAACUAGUCAGUCAUACGCUAGAAGAAGAGACGGGGAUCUCCUCUGGAUGGAUUCAAAAAGGUGGCUUGUUCAUUGCAUCCAAUAAGGAGAGAUUGGAUGAAUAUAAAAGAUUGAUGACGCUCGGUCAAAAUUUUGGUGUUGAAUCCUAUGUCCUAUCACCCUCCGAAAGUAAAGAUGUUCAUCCGCUAAUGAACGUCGAUGAUAUGUUUGGUGCUCUAUACAGUCCAGGCGAUGGAGAUAUUGAUCCAGCUGGCUUUAUAACAUCUUUAACAAGAGCUGCAUCAAACAAGGGUGCAAAGAUCAUACAAAACUGCCCUGUGACUGGUAUAGCAACUAGUAUUAACGACUUUGGUGUACCAUUUGUCACUGGUGUCCAAACGAAGUAUGGUGAAAUUAAAACCAACUGUGUUGUCAACUGUUGUGGUGUUUGGGCUCCAGCACUAGGAAAGUUGGCCGGCGUUACUGUCCCACUUGUACCUAUGAAACAUGCUUAUGUCGUCACUGAAAGGAUUGAAGGCGUGCAUAACUUACCUAAUAUUCGUGAUCAUGAUUCUUCAGUUUAUUUGAAGACUCAAGGAGAUGCAAUAUCGUUCGGCGGUUACGAACCAGAUCCGAUUUUUACUGACGUUCCCAAUGAUUUUGCCUUUGGUUUGUACGAAUUGGACUGGGAUGUUUUUGCAGCUCAUGUAGAUGGGUGUGUUAAUCGCAUGCCUAUCUUAGCCGAAACUGGCAUAAAAUCGACAGUCUGUGGACCUGAGUCAUUUACUGCUGACCAUAAGCCCUUAAUGGGAGAGUCGUAUGAAGUUCGAGGCUUCUAUUUUGGAUGUGGAUUCAAUUCUAGUGGAAUGAUGUUAGGUGGGGGUUGUGGAAGAGAGCUUGCCAAAUGGAUUUUGCAUGGUUCUCCCGACCUGGACAUGUUUGGAUAUGAUAUUCGACGGUUCGCGCCAUCAAUGACAAAUAAUAAUAGAUGGGUUAAAGAAAGAAGUCAUGAAGCGUAUGCUAAAAACUAUGCCCUUGUUUUUCCACGAGAUGAACCCCUUGCUGGUAGAAAUAUGAGAAAGGAUCCAUUCCAUCAAGUCCUUUUAGAUGCAGGCUGUGUCUAUCAGGAAAAGCAUGGAUGGGAAAGACCAUCAUGGUUUGACAAAUCUGGAACUGGCACAGAGGUAUUUUCUUACGAUUACUACGGCUCCUAUGGUAAUGAAGCACAUAAAAACUACCCCUAUAGGGAUAAACUAGAAUAUGACUAUACCUUCGAAUUUACCAAGCAUCAUGAUAUAAUCAAAGAAGAAUGUCUAACUUGUCGUAACAGCGUCGCAGUCUUUAAUAUGUCAUAUUUUGGAAAAUUUUACCUUCUUGGGCCUGAUAGCCAGAAAGCAGCUGAUUGGAUCUUCAGCAAUGAUAUGACUAAGGCGGAUGGUAAUAGCGUGUAUACAUGCAUGCUGAACAAAAAAGGAGGAAUUGAAGGCGACAUGAUAAUUAAUAUGAUUGAUUCUGAGGAUGGCAAAUCAUCUGUUGCACCUAAUUUUGACGGGAGAGGAUUUUAUGUCACAGUCGGUGGAGCGGUCGCUACUUACUGUUUUGAACACAUUAGAAAAAUAGUUGAAGAUAAAAAAUGGGAUUGUCGAUUGAUCGAUUUAUCAGAGGAUGUGGGCAUGUUAAGCGUUCAAGGUCCUAAAAGCCGAAAAGUUUUGGAAUCGCUAACUUCCAGUGACUUAAGUAAUGACGCAUUUCCAUACUUAACCAAUAAAAUAAUCGAUAUAGCAGGUCAUAAAGUGAGAGCUAUUCGGGCAACAUUUGUUGGAGAACUUGGCUGGGAAUUACAUAUUCCUAAAGACUCUUGCGUACCUGUCUACGAAGCGCUUAUGAAAGCGGGUGCUGAACAUAAUAUCUGCAAUUCAGGAUACAGGGCAAUUGAUACAUUAAGUUUGGAAAAGGGUUUUAGACACUGGCAUGCUGAUAUCAGACCUGAAGAUACACCACUCGAAGCUGGAUUAGCUUUUACUUGCAAAUUAAAGUCCAAUGUAGAUUUCUUUGGUCGAGAUGCCAUAGAAAAGCAGAAAAGUGAAGGAUUGAAAAAGAAGUUGUAUUGUUUCUCUGUCGAUGAUCACAUUAUGCUGCAUGGAUUAGAAACAAUUUGGCGUAAUGGUGAAUGUGUCGGAUUCCUUCGCCGAAGUGACUUUGCUUUUGCACUAGGUAAGAGUAUUGGUUAUGGGUAUAUUCGCGCCCCUGAAGGCCAAGUUAUCACAGCAGAUUUUGCAAAAUCAGGAAAGUAUCAAAUCGAAAGUAUUGGUAAUAAGUUUGAUGCCAAUAUACAUUUGCAAUCACCUUUCGAUCCAAAGUCGAAACGGGUUCAAGGAAUAUAUGAUUGA